UAUAUGUUAAAUUUAACGAUGGCUAUAGAUAUAAUUAGGUGGCUGCAGAGCUCACGCCAAAAUUUCCAUCUGCAGCUAGCUAUGGCAGGAAUUUUGAUACAGUGGUAUGAUUUUAUUUGUUUCGGGAUAGUAGGCAUCGCCAUGUUUGGCGCCCUUUACGUGCUCUGCUGCUGCAAAAUUAAGCAUCAGCGUUACCAAAUACUUAAUGGUGAUCAUAUUGACGACAACAACAUUAUUGGUCGUCAUGAGAUCCUUUUGCCCCUGCAGGGCUGCAAUCAGUCGUCGUCGUCGCCAUCAGCAGUGGAGUUUGGGAGUUUGUCAAGUAGUUGUUGGCGUGGGAUUCACCCUGUAUGGCUCUUGGCUACACGUUUUGGAUCUUUAGUUGUUCUCUGCAUAUUUUUAACCUGGGAUGUCCUUCUUUACAACUACUCCAUCUUUGUCUAUUACACCGAGUGGACUUUUACGUUGCUAAUCGUCUAUUUUGCAAUUGGAACCAUCAUAUCAGCAUAUGGAUGUGUACGGUACUACUCAAACAAAUCAGCUCCACGUCCUGGCGACGUAAUUGCUGAUCAUGAGAUGUACAACAAGGCAAAGACCAACAAGAGCAUGUUCAAACUGCAAGGCCAAUAUUACAAUGAAGACACAGUACCAAAACGAGCAAGCUUUUGGACUUACGUGCUAAAAAUUUCGUAUCAGACAUGUGCAGGUUCAGUAAUUCUUACAGACAUCAUCUUUUGGUUCAUUAUACUACCCUACUCGUCAAAUUCACAUCUUCAGCUAAACCUGUUGAUGGGUGGUAUGCAUUCUCUCAACAUUAUUUUUCUUCUGAUUGAUACCUCUCUCAAUAGCCUGCCAUUACCUUGGUCGGGGAUUGCAUAUUUUGUGUUGUGGAGCUGCUGCUAUGUCAUUUUUCAGUGGCUUAUCCAUGCCUGCGGUUUCAUUUGGUGGCCCUACCCCUUUUUGGAACUUUCAAUGCCGCGGGCUCCUCUAUGGUACUUUUGCUUGACGGUGUUUCACUUACCUUGCUAUGGAAUUUAUUGGUUGCUUGUGGCUUUCAAAAACUCAACGUUCUCUACAUUGUGCCCCCAAGCGUUUGUAAGACACUCCUGCUAGAAUGGGAGCCAGGGUUGAGUCGGAUUCAGGUUUUGAAUUUUAUGGGCUUAAAUUCAUAAUUCUAUCAUAUCUCAUAUAAUUUAAUGAGUUCAAAAUUUAUUAUUUAUACUUAUGUAAUAAUUGUUUGAGCAAAAAUAUAGGAUAUGGGUUUAGGUGAACCCAUAGGCUCUACACUGGAUACGCCCCGAGUGUUUGGACUUUUAAUUAGUGGGUGAUUGAAAUGCAAUAUAUAUUGUGUUA